CCAAAAUUAACAAUAGUACAUUGUAGUUUAGGUAUACCCAAUGGCUGAAAUAUUUCAAAGAAUUAACUCGUUUUUCAAUGAAUACCAAGAUCCACGGGUAGCCGAUUGGGUAUUGUUAUCAAGCCCUUUAUAUACUGUUGCCAUUUGCCUGGUUUAUUUUUUGUUUGUAAAAGUUUUGGGGCCUAAAUUUAUGAAAAAUAGGAAACCCUAUGAAUUAAGAAAUACUUUGAUUGUUUACAAUGCAUUUCUAGUGUUACUGAGCUCGUGGUUGUUUUAUGAGAUUGGAAUGAGUGGGUGGCUUACAGGAGAAUACAGUUUUAGAUGUGAACCCAUAGAUUAUUCAAACAAACCAAAUAAUUUGAGGAUGGUCAAUGUCUCAUGGUACUUUUUGGUCUCUAAAUUUAUUGAACUUUUCGAUACAGUAUUUUUCGUGGCACGAAAAAAAUACAAUCAAAUCACCAUGCUUCAUGUUAUACAUCAUACCAGUGUCCCGAUGUCGGUUUGGAUUGGAAUCAAAUUCACUCCUACGGGCCAUGCUACAUUUUUCGCAUUAAUUAAUUCAUUUGUUCAUAUUAUAAUGUAUGCCUACUAUAUGUUAAGCGCUUUUGGACCUUGGAUGCAAAAAUAUCUUUGGUGGAAAAAAUAUAUAACUACAUUACAAAUGGUUCAAUUUGUAGCUCUUGGAAUUCAUACUGCUCAGCUGGCUUUUAUUGAGUGCGACUAUCCUCGUAGUUCUUUAAUAUUUGUGGGACUACAAGCCGUCAUGUUCUAUUUCCUUUUUGGAAAUUAUUAUAAAAACGCCUACAAGAAGAAAGACACUGAUAAAACAAAAUAAUUAAAUCCCCAUUGAAUAGUUAACAAUAAAAACAAUUUUUUCACUUCACCUUUUGGUAAAAUUAUUUUGUCACUGGUUAUACUAGGUGACCAUUUAUUUUUUCUAUUAAACUAUUUUAAUUUGUUUUUUUUUUAAUUUUCUGAGGUGUUUUGACGUUUUAG